GAUAUACCCCAUAAAUAAAUAAAUAGUACCAUCUCUCACAACCUUCCUUCCUUAUAGCUACCACUGAAAAUGACUCCUCCAUCACUCCUCCUCUUCCUCCUCCUCGUCUCCAUCUCCUCCAAUCCCUCAACAAAAGCCACAGGCGCAGGAGCAGCAGCAGAGUCCCCUCCCACCCCAACCCCAUGGCCACUCCAAUUCCACUCCCUCCUCUACGUCAACGGCAGCGGCGAGCUCUCGGUAGUGGACCUCUGGUACGACUGGCCCAACUCUCGCAAUUUCAACAUCAUCCAGCACCAGCUCGGGACCCUCCUCUACGACCUCGAGUGGGACAACGGCACCUCCUUCUACUACACCCUCGACGACUCGCGUCACUGCCAGACCUACCACUUCGACGUAGGCAUUCUCCGCCCCGAUUGGCUCGACGGUGCCAAUUACCUCGGCCAGCAGCGCGUCGAUGGCUUCCUCUGCAAUGUCUGGGAGAAGGUCCAGUUCAUCUGGUACUAUGAGGAUGUCGAGACCAAGCGUGCGGUGCAAUGGGUCUUCUACACAGGAAGAUCUGUCCAUGUGAUGACCUUCGAGGUGGGAGCGGUGCUUGAAGAUGCGAAAUGGCAGGCCCCUGUAUACUGUUUCGAGAAAAAAGAAGAGAACCUGAAGUUUCAAUCCAUCAUUUCAGAAAGUUUUCAGGAGAGCCUAAUGUCAAAGAAAUAUCUGAGAGGGUUAAAAAGUAUUUGAAUGCAAUGGUGUUAUGAUGGCAAUAUCCUUGCUUUAGUCUCUCUUCAAAUUCUAAGAAUGGCUCUGUUUAUGGAUAGGCUCUUUUCUGUUCAUCAGCAUCAUAGUUAUGGAAACUCUGCUUUAAAUUAGCAGCUUUUUUAUUCACUA